UGGAGGAGCGCUCGCGCUAGUGUCGUGAGUGCUUCAAAACAAAGUCGUGUUCGGUAGAAACUUCAAUUGUGAUUAAAAUGAUUGAGGAACACGACGAACGCGAAACAAUAUGCGACUCAGUGAAUUCAUUGGUGGAAGGUUGUCGUUUACCAGUCAGAAUGCAUGGGACGGAUGAUUGGCCUCUUGCUGAAAUCAUCAGUGUUAAAGACGUACACGGUGUCAAGUGUUAUUAUGUUCACUAUGUAGAUUUCAAUAAACGAUUAGAUGAAUGGGUUACGGAAGAUUGUUUGGACACUCGGAAAGUCCAAUACCCUCGACGAGAUGGAACCACACCAGGAACUGGUGCAGCAACCCCCAAGAAACAAGCACCUAGUAGACCUCCUAGUCCUAGCAGCCUUAGUAAUGAACCAGUCAAUGGUUCUGCAGUUUUACAAGCUGCAUUACAAAAAAAAAUGUCUAGAAAGAGAAAGGCAACAUUUAUAGAAAAUGAGGAUUCUCAGGAUGGCCCACCACAGACACCUGGUCCAAGGCCAACUGGGUCAUUGGUUGCGCAUCACCACGAUGAUAUAGUUACUAGAAUGAAAAAUGUAGAACUAAUAGAAUUAGGGCGUCAUAGAAUAAGACCCUGGUAUUUUAGCCCUUAUCCACAAGAAAUGGUAAACCUACCAUGUAUAUAUAUUUGUGAAUUCUGUCUAAAGUAUAGAAAGAGUCGAAAAUGUCUGGAGCGUCAUUUAGCGAAGUGCAAUUUGAGACAUCCACCUGGCAAUGAGAUAUAUAGAAAGGGCUCAAUAUCAUUUUUCGAGAUUGACGGCCGAAAGAAUAAAAAUUAUGCACAAAACCUUUGUCUACUAGCAAAAUUAUUUUUGGAUCAUAAAACGCUUUACUAUGAUACGGAUCCUUUCUUGUUUUAUGUAAUGACAGAUUUUGACAGUAGAGGAUUCCAUAUAGUUGGCUAUUUCUCGAAAGAGAAAGAAUCGACUGAGGAUCAUAAUGUAGCUUGUAUUCUUACACUACCACCCUAUCAAAGAAGAGGCUAUGGAAAAUUACUAAUAGAGUUUUCGUACGAACUAUCCAAAUUCGAAGGUAAAACAGGUUCACCUGAAAAACCUUUGUCAGAUUUGGGAUUGCUGUCUUAUAGAAGUUACUGGGCACACACCAUAUUGGACAUUCUGUUGAAUAUAAAGCCAUUAGUAGAAAAUGAGAAGCCUCAGAUUACGAUAAGUGAAAUAUGUGAGCUGACCUCGAUUAAGAAAGAAGACGUAAUAUCGACGCUUCAGAACUUGAAUCUUAUUAAUUACUACAAAGGACAAUAUAUUGUUACAUUGAAUAGGGAGAUUAUCGAGCAACAUGCAGCUGCAAUGGAAAAGAGGCAAAUCAGGAUAGAUCCUAAGUGUCUUCAUUGGACACCAAAAGACUGGAGUGUUAGGGCAAAAUGGUGAAGUGACAUUCAAAAUCGACAAUAAGAUUAUGUUAAUUCGUCUCUAAGUGAUUUUCAGGAUCCUCUGGAAGCGUGACCAUUGUACCAUUUAUUGAAUGUAGAUACAAAAACUGUAUAUAAUAUAUACGAGCAUACUGGUCUGCGUUUUUUAAUAAGACUGUGUCAAUCUUUGCACGUGAUUGCAAUGAUUAAAAAUGACAGCAUGAAAAUGAAAAAAAACACAGAAGUAACAAUAAUUUUUACAUUUGCAUGCGUAUCUCGGUUACGCAGUGCACCGAAUAACCAUGUUUACCGAAUACUUUACGUGAUAAGAAAAAGGUAUCUGCUAAAUAAUAUACUGGCUUACAUCUAGAGUCAGAAACAAUGUUUUAAUAUGGUGACUAGGAUUUUUUAAAAUAUUUGCAUACAUAUUUGCGAAUCAACGACUUGUACAGGGAUAUAAAUCGGUCUUCUAGAAUUGUAAAUAAAUCUGUUUUUAUAGUGUGCAACACAUUCACUGCUAAAAUACGAAAGCGAUAUCUAGUUUUAAAACAAAAGAAUAUAUAUAUGUAAUUAUAGUAUUUCGAAGCUUCGAGUAAAAGGACGAAGCUCGCGUAUGUGACCAUUUUGAAAUUCAGUGAAACUGAUUGGUACAAUGCAGAAGUUGUAUGCAUACGAAUAUUCGCACAAUUGUGCACACACCUUUCAAACAAGAAUUAGGCGAUAUUCAAAUUUGUGUGUGCUCGUAUUACAGACGAAUGGUAAUCGAUAAUCUGUCGUUAAGAAAACAAAUAAAUAAAUAAAUGAAGAAUGAUCGGAAAGGUGGGAGAAAAAUAAAGACUCGUUGAAAGAAAUCGGAUUCACUCAUAAUCACAUCGCAUUGAACAAAAACACACGAGUUUUCAUUCCUCAUUGUAUUAUAAACGGCUGUGUUCGAUCAAGUUCAAAACGCUCGAGCAUAAAUUAUCCGUCUGAAUCCGAUUCGAGAUGAUUCUACCAAAACGAAGAGUUACC